AUGGCGGCCGCCGCCCGCCCGAGCACUCAAAACGGCGAGACGCGCGCGCCGCGCGUGCGGGAGCCGCCGCAGCCCAAGCAGGUGGAUCGCUGGACGGAGAAGCGCGCCCUGUUCGGCGUCUACGACAACGUGGGCAUCCUGGGCGACUUCAGGGCGCAUCCCAAGGACUUCAUCCUGGGGCCCAAGUGGCUGCGGGGCUGGCGGGGCAACGAGCUGCAGAGGUGCAUCCGCAAGAAGCGCAUGGUGGGAGACCGCAUGUUCCUGGAUGACCUGCACAAGCUCAACAAGAGGAUCCGCUACCUGUACAGGCGCUUCAACCGCACCGGGAAGCACCGCUAGGAGCCGGCGCGCGGAGCACGCGCGGCUCCACGGCGUCGCGCCGCCARUAAAGCCGCCUCUCGUACACACGUCUGUCUGUCUCCUGGUGCUUCGUAAAACUCCUUGCUACGCGUUUCCAGCCCCCAGGUCCUGCUGCUGCGCCAGGCCUGGGCUCUCCUGGAGUUCUGCCCUUUUGGCCACCUCCAACGUACCCCUCCC